AUGCACUUCCAGACCGCCCUCGUCGCCCUCUUCGCCGCCGUCGCCGCCGCCGAGACGAUCGACCAGCUCGUGGCCCAGAUCCCCAGCUGCGCGACGCCGUGUCUGGCCUCGGCCGCAAAGAGCGUCGGCUGCGGCGUAUCCGACGCCAACUGCCAGUGCGAGCACAUCACCGACCUGACCAAGAGCGCGCUCAUGUGCGUGUCGGGCGCUUGCAACCAGGAUGAUCUGAAGACUACUUCCGAGACCAGCACCCAGAUCUGCCUCGCUGUCGCCCAGCAGGCUGGUGACAGUGCUUCUUCCUCGGCCCUCGCCAGCGCCAGUGGUGCCGCUACCUCUGCCGCCAGCUCCCUAAGCAGUACGGCCAGUUCUGCUACCGCUUCCGCGACCCCGGCAGCCGCUGCCCACGCCGGUGCUGGCAUGGGUCUUGUUGGUGCUGCUGCCUUUGUUGCCUUUGCUCUGUAG